UGCUCGUCUGAAACGUCGGUUGACUUCCAUCUGACUACACGCGGUUAUGUCCCAGAAGGCAGAGCAGUACAUUGAGAUGAUUGUUGGAAGCAUGUUUGUUGACGAUUGCGAUGAUGAUGACUGGAUAAGUGAAUACAAUGGAAACGCAGACGUCAGCGACGACGGAGCAAUGUGGCUCGUCUGUGGUCUCACUUUGGUCUUCCUGUUCAUCGUAUGUCGGGCAGGGCCGAUCAACAGGGAGAACUUAUACUUCGACAGGAGCGGCGAGCAGUUCGCAAACGAAAGUGUGUGUGUUUCUGACGACGUUCUGUACAAGGAAGAUGACCCCAUCCCGACAGCCACCCUGUGUGAACGGUGCGUAUGCCGCCCGCCUGACAUCGCGUGUGAGGCCAUCAAGUGUGAGAAGAAGUCUGGCUGCCGGGCCAUCCCGCGCCCCAACGAAUGUUGCCCGGAAUACAAGUGCGACUGUGAGGCAGAUGGCAAAAUUUAUCAGAAUGGUGAACGCCUGGAGGACCCUGACUCACCCUGCAGAGUCUGCUAUUGUCAAAGUGGAGAAAUUGUGUGUACUGUGAUCAAGUGCUACACACGAGCAGACUGUGUGCCCCGCUAUGUGACUGGCAAAUGCUGCCCCAAGUAUGACCACUGCCCACCUGUAGACCCAACCCCAAUGAUAUUUUACACAACACCUGAGACUUUGUCAGAAUCAGUGAAGUCCUCUUCGGUUGAUUAUGAGGCUGGUAUUGGAAAUACGCCGAAUGCUUUACAGGAGAAUAUCCAAGACAACAUUGUGGAUUCUUCUAAGUGGAUAGAACUGUUAGGAGAAAACAGUGAUAGUUCCAUGCCACUAACAAACACAUCAAAUAAUUAUGGUGAAUAUAGUUCAUUAAAACCAUCCUCUGCAAAAACAAAUACUGAAGAAGAGGGUGCCAAAGAGGAACUAUCUAAAGACAACACUCAGACUUACACUGAAAGUACAAGCACUGUAGAACCAAGCAAGGCUGAAGAGAUUGACAAAGCAGGAGUACGGCAAGACAACUUGGGUGGCCAUGCAAAUGAAACAAGUAAGAGAGAAGAGGGUGACCAAGAGAACACUGAGGCAUAUGUUGAGAAUACAAGCAAGGGUGGAGAGGGUGACAGAGAAGGGCUGCAGCAUGACAGCAUCGAGGCAAAUACAGAAAGUACAGUCACUGGAGAAACAAGUGCAGAGCAGGACAACACUGAGGGUUAUACACAGAGCACAAGUGUGAGAGAGGAACCCCAACAAGAACACACUGAUGUCUCUACUGAACAUGCAAGCAAUGCUAUGUUCAGUACUGAAGAAGACAAGACAGAGAUUUCAUCAGGGAAGAUGAAAAACGAAAUUGCAGGAGCCUGGUCUGAUGAGACUACUACAACACAAAAUCAUCACAAUAGUGGCAGUAUGGGUGAAGAGGUGAAUCCAGCUGAUGCGACAAAAACUCUGGUACACCCUUUUGAUGCUAAUGGCAUGAUGAAAGAUGGCGGAGCUGUGUGGUAUAUUGGAGAGGUCAAAAAGUCUUCUGCUGAAUCGGUAAAAUAUGAGACAUCUCAAGAAACAGAACGGCAUGAAAUAACUACAAGCAAAAGUAAAGAUGAAGACGGUGCCGGUGGAACGGAAUCCCCACAGUAUGAAACCGCAGUGAGCACAGAAAGAACCCUGACUGAGUCCACAGAAGGUGUCAAAAUGGAUGAGACUAAAUAUGAUGAAGACAACACAGAAACUGCUAGUUUUGAAAACAACAGCACCACUAUUGUCCCUGAUAGGCACACACAGUCAAUGGAGCAUGAGUCCGUGGACACAGUACCUGUGAUCUCGUUUCUGAAUGAUAUGGAAGCACCCCACAUGGCUAUUGUGUUGCCAGAUUCAGACAACAACAAGAUGCAAGAUGACUAUGAUAUUAAAAAGACAGAGAUAAAUCCAGUGAUUGAUGCAGAAUCAGAAGAUGUUAUCAGUUCACAGUACAGCCACGUGACAAACAAUAACAGUAUAGAUGGUCAGAAUACAAAAGAAGAUUAUGACAGGACCUUUCAGAAUUCAAAUGAGGGAACUGAAGAUAUAAAUACAGAUGAAUCUAGUCUUGCCCCUUUUACAGCAUCCCCCACUGCUGAGGCUACAACGGAAUUUCAACCCACUGAAACGACAGAAACAAUUGAAUCCACAGUGACCCAAGAUGCAACUGCUUACACCACGAAAAUCCAUUUGUCAAUGUCUUCACUUGUAAAGCAUGAUGAUCCAACACAAGCACAAAAUGAGGAAUUUACUAGUCCUAUAGAUGAAUCUACAACUCCAGACAUCUUGGACGGGGAACAUCCACUGAACUUCAAGGAAUUUGCACAAACAACUGAACAUACAGAGACAAAUUCAAAUGAGGAGCUGCAAGAUGUUAUGACAGCAAAUUCAAUAAGUAACAGCAAUAAUAUGGAGGAGAGUAAGGCAGUACCCAAAAAAGGUGAUGAAGUCAUUUCACGCACAGAAGCCAUCAGUGAAGCUUUCACAGAGAAUGUAGUGAGUACAGUUUCUUCAGAUGAGACUGAAGGAACUACAUAUUCCACAACAGAAGCUGCACAAUUCAGUGAGAAGAUCUUGGCUACAGUAAUUCCAUUCAAGAGUAACAAAACAGUAAAUAUAUCUGUAACAUCAGAUAUAUUACCGAAAGAAUGGUUGAAGACUAGCCAAUUUACAACUGAAACAAAUACAAAAGCAGCGCUCUUAGAAUCUGAUGCAUCUCAAACCGAAGCGAAUGGCGGCAGAGAAGAAGAUAAUUGCAGCCUUGACAAUAGCGGAUACUCCUGCGAACCUAGAGGUAGAGAAACAGCUGAUCAAUCUGAAGAAAAUGACAUCACUAAAGUUGUAUCCACAACUGAAAGCACUUUGACAACUCCUAACAGUUUAGACAGCACAGAUAAAUUUGUUGAUAAUCCAUCCAACAGAAAUGAUUCUCAGACAUUAGCUAAUGAGCACCAAACAACAGAGGAUAAUGACACUGAUAUUACUUCUCAGAAGAUGGAUAUGGCGAGUGGUGAACGUGGAACCGAAAUGCCAUUUCAGAAGAAUCCCAUCUCACAACAGAAAGACAAAAUUGGUAAAUGGGAAAGCACUGGUGCCAGCAUUUCAGAUGUCAUACCUCAAGAGAAUUCUGCCAUCAGUGGAGACAGUAGAUUGGGUGGGUCUGAUGAAACUGAAAGUUCGAAUUAUAAUGCAGAAAAGUCAGAGGCCAAACCAUCAAACAAAUUUGACAAGAUCUACCCAGAGUCUGUAAGUACUGAAGAUAAGCCCAUUGAUUAUGAUCGACCUACAUCAGGUGAGUCUGUGUAUGUAAAGGAAGUAGAAUCAGCUAUGUAUUCUAGUGGUAGUUACGAAAUGAAUUUUCAUGAUAUUUAUGGAACAGGAGACUAUUAUGUUUUGUCUUCUGAGUCAGGAAUCUCGCACAAUACAGAUGUGGGCAGUGUAGCCACUUCGACAGUAACUAACCCCAGUAGUGUAGAGCAAUCUGCAGACACAACUACUGUCAGAAGCAGGGAUAAUGAUGACACAGAAAGCUCUUCACAGGAGUUUGCAGAUGUUGACACUACUGUACCACCUACUGAAGCAACAGCAACAACAACAAAUAGAACAGAGAACACAUUAGAAUCAACAACACCAGGGCUGUCAGAAAAUGUUGAUAACAGUGAUGCAACUACAGAUCUUUCUGAAGUAAAAGCUCAGAAUUCAGUGGAAGACAAUCAAGAAGCAAACAGCCAAGACACAAAGUUAGAAAAUGAAAGUGUGGCUAUAGUGAAAAUAGAGCAAGCUUUAUAUGACCUUUCAGAUUCCCAAGAAGAAAAUGAUUCAACAGAGUAACUUCAUUAGUGUAAGGCUGAUCCAUUCUGUUCCAUCAAAGAAUGCGUUUCUAAUGCAUAUUUUUUACAGUGCUCUAAAAACUAAAGUUCCGCACGUUUGUGAUAUGAUCUAAAGUAGUUUAAGGGUGAAAGACAGGGCAUGCCUUUGCUAACAUAAGUACAUAAAGACGAUAUAUGGUACUUUUUAUACAUAAAACCUAUUAAUUGAUUUCAUUUGGAUUGUAUAUGUGCUGCCGUUCUGUGCUGAGUGCUGCCACCUGGCGGAGAGGUCCUUGAUCUGCUGCAGGAAUGCAACGCUUGCAAGCGCUGGCUAGGGUGCAGCCUCAAUGAUGCAGUCUACCGAGCCGGCCAUGGCUUUCAAGUUGCUCUCGGGCUGACCAGAGAGAAUGGCCCAUACUGUGGGUGGUAGCCAGCUGGACCAGAUGCUGUAGAGGAAGUCAGCUGGCACAUGUGGGGCAAGGCUCCUGAGGGGUCUGAGAAACUGGGAUGUUUUGAGUUGCUGUCUUGGGGGCCAGCCGCCUCAUAGGCUUGGUAUAGGGGUCUCAUUCUGGCAGAGAGGGGGUGAUAUUCUCUACUUCCUUGGUGUGCCACUGGUCCAGCUGCGAGAUCACAUAGCAGAACUUGGUCUGCUCGCUACUGAUGCCAGCCAAGGUAAACUGUGCCUCGGCUUGGGUGGACCACACGGCUGGCCGCUCAGCCCAGAACGGCAGAAGCUGCACAGCCGCUGAUACUGAGCUGUCUGCAUUUUGCAUUUUUCUUCGUCAGGGUCUCCAAUGUGGUGUGUCAAAUCCAGUGGCAUGGAGAGACAACCACAUAAAUUUCUGUUACAAAUGUUUGUUGAUGCAUUAACAAAGUAUAGAGAUGAGCAGACUGGCAGAGGGUGUGGUAACAGGUGAAGUGUUGUGGUCCCUGAAAUGGGCCAUAUGUCUGAGGCUGAGCAUGCCUGUGCUAACAUCGGCAGUCUUCCUUGAGUGGCAGCUCGGUGAUUGCUGGCCAGCCAUUGGGCAGUGAACUUGUCGGUGGGUCUAGGAGACUGCUAGCAGAGUUGAGUGCGCAUGUUGCUGCCAGGAGAGUUGCUGAUGCUGUGCAGAGUCGGCCUGGCAGUGUUGAUCCUUGGAGACUCAUUGUUGCUCUGCUGUGUUGAUGCAGACCUUAGCUGCAACUGCUGCUGGUGUGUUGGAGAUCUGCAUUUUAUACUUUGCCUCAAGGUGGCACACGAACCAAUGGGCGUUGGAGCUCCCAUGGUCCAUUCCGAUUGGCUAGCGCUUAAUUCAAUGUGGGUGGCUCUCACAUUUGUUUAUCAUGAGAGAAAGGUGACAGUUGCAUUAGAACAUUUUUAAAUUGUGUCUCAUUUUCUCAUGCAUGAUAAAUUUUUAAGCUUAGAAGAAUGGCUAUCAAAAGAAAUGGAGGAUAAAAAUUACUGAAAAUUUCAGUAUGUUAAAUAUGUUGGAAAUAUUCACAUGAACAUAUCAGCUUAUUGACGCACUGAAAGUUUCUUAAGUAUAAAAACUAGUAUUGGGAUUUGAUUAACUGCAGAAUCAUUAGGUUAUGGAAACCAUGGAGUUUAGUGUAAUCAACUUCCAGGUCUUAACAAUGUUAUAUUCUCAUUUUUCAGAAUAAAUGGAAAAUCGGAGUUCUCUGUGUAGACACAAAAGGGAAUCAAUAUAUAAACUACAAAGUUGUUCUCACUAAACGGAAAUAAUGAAUGCAAGUGCAACCAAUUUUUGAAGCAGUAUUUACUAAGAAUAUAUAAGUAUUUUUUUUUUGUUAUUUAUUCUUCAUGAUAUUCUGCUGUCAUGAGACAUAAAUUUUUCUUUAUCACAUACUGGAAAUGGAAACAAAAUAAUAAUCUUCUCCCAAAUCACACUUAAGGUAAAGGAAGCAAUAGUAGUUUUAACCCUUCAAACAUGAAGUUCAUCUAACUAAUAUUAAAUCUAGUUCCUACCUCAAAUAAGUUGUACUGUUUUUGGAUUAGAAAUAUUAUAGAGUUAAUACUGUUUUGGCAAAGGAUCACCAUUCAUUUUGAAGAUCAUACAAAAUGCACAGAUGCACAUUGCAAAGUGCCAAAUUAUUUAAUGUUAGAGCAAGUGGAUAACGUAAGGUUACCAUUGCGCUGUGUAGGGUUAAACCACAACUUACACAGUUCACAUAUUGUACUAAUGAAAUACAGUCAUAUUACUCUUAUAAUUAAACAGCAUGGCUUACAUUGAUUUGCUGGAAAACAGACACACCUCACCAACUAAGAGGAUUAUAAAAGCUGAAGGAAAAAUACUUUUGAUUUCUUGAGUCCACUGAAGUGAAGGCCGAACAAUAAGAAAUUUGUAAACAUGUGUAAAUACAUUUUCAGGGUACAGAAAAAAAUUACAGCGGUAUCACAGAUUCUAAUGACAUGGCACAAGACCAUCUAGAAUUUGCAUGAGAUUCUGUCUUCUUCAUUCCCAAACAAAUAUUCAUAUUAAUGCAAUCUACAUAAUCCACAUGUUAAAUGAUAAAUAUAUGGAAAGUCUCAAUUCAUAUCUCUUACUGAGGAGUUACUGAAAAUGUCUCUUACAAAUAUCAGCUUAAUUUCUGCAAUAAAGUAUGCUGAAGAUUUGGGUUUCAGAGGGCUGUAGCAAUUGGACAUUUCCAGUUACAUGUUGCAAUGUCUCGUUCUGGGAGAUACAGUUAUUGCUUCUCCCCGAACAAGACGCAGUGGCAAAAAUAAGUUGGGGUGCACCUUGUUUCAUGAAAGGAAGAAGACUUGCUGGGCUGUGCUAUUUAUGAUUUCCAUUCCUCUUGCAAGUGUGCAGACAUGUACUCAUUGUAAUUCCUAUGUCGACAAAUCUCUGCUUAUCACCAUCAUUGUCGGUGCAUUUUAGAAUUACUUUCCACACUUCAUGUAAUUAUUGAUAAUAUUAAUGCUGAUGAAAGGAAUAAAGUCUUUUUGUAAUACUGUUUA